AUGGAGGCCGCGCGCUCUCGCGGAAGCGAGGAGAGACGCGGGGUCCUCGACCGCGAAGAGCCUGAAGACGGGCGGGUGGCGGGUCUCCACGCCGACGCCCUCGGCGCGAGGAGGAGAGAUGGAGACGACACGACGACGGAGGGAGCCGAUGACGGCGCACGCCAGCGCGACUCAGGCAGCGGCUUUUUGUAUUCUUCGCCUCGGGGGAGUGAGUCGUCCUCCUCGGCUGAGGUAGAACCCGACAACUCGAUGUCUUCAUCGUGCUUCGCGUCACCGUCUUUUCCAGUCCUCCCUCGGCAGCCCCAGGCGCUUCUCGCAUCAGACCACGGCAGCUCUCCUCAGUCGCGAACUCCGGGCGGCUCCAACGUUUCGCAGUCACGCUCCGGCUGCCCGUCUCUCUCGUCAUUGUCUUUCUCGUCUGCCUCUUUUUCGUCCCCUGCCGUUUCUCCUUCUGCUAAAGCGGCGGGCGCCGCCGCGACGCAAGAUUCUCAGGCCCCUCCUUCGGAGGCCAAUUCCCACUCCUCAGCCUCGUCCCUGCCUUCGUCACCCUCAGCCGCGGCCUCGACUCCGCUGCCAGCCUCCGUCUGGUCUCUCUCCUGUCUCCCUGCGUCGUGCGUCUCCGCAGAUGCGGCUGCGGACGCUGUUGGCAGUCGCGAAGGUCCCAGCGACUCGCGCGCCUCUUCCUCCUCGUUGUCCUCUCGUCCCAGCCCUUCUGGGCCGUCGGCCGCCGCAGCGUCGUCGUCUUUUUCUGCGCAUGCGAGUGCCUCGUCCGAGGCCGAAUCCGCGUCUCCCGCCUCCUCGACGCCCUCGCGGAGGCCGCGCGCCCUCGCCGCCGGCGUCGCUCGUCCCCCCGCGGGGCUCUCCUCCGUCCCCGCCCCCCUCCCGUCGUCUGGCGCGUGUUCGCCGGCCUCGGAGCGGACGAGGCUGUCGUCCGAGGGAGCGCAUGCGACGUCAGAUGAAGGCGCAGACGAGGGAAGGCGCCGCUCAGAUGAAGACGACGUAGACGAGGCGAGGGCAGCGGCAGCGGCCGCGAGCGACGAAAGGCCGCAAAAAAAACAGAGGCGGAUGAUGACUGGGACGACGACUUUGGGAGAGAGCGGAGACGCCGCACCUUCAGUGGGGGCAGCCGAUGAAACCGGCACUAGCUCGCACGCCAUUGCAUGCAGGGCGGGAGGCGCCGCUGCGGCCUCUGCUCCUUCUCUUGCCUCGUUUCGAUCUUCGACAUCACGUGAGACAGAAUCCAACAUCGCUGAAGGCGAGACAGCGGAGGCAACAGUUGAGCCGAGUUCAAAGAGAAGAAGGCUGAGUUCCGGGUUCUGCGCUGGCGGAGAUGCCGGUGCGCACACCUCGGCCGACUCCCUCGCCGCCUCCGCGGACCCUUCCCUUUCGUCUGUCUCCCUGUGUCCUUCGCCGCUUCCGCCUGCUCAUUCUGCUUCUUGCGCGCCGCGAGAGAGCCAGGAUGAAGCAGGGCAUUCUUCAGAAGACGAGAGAGCGAACGCCGCUGGGGAAGAGGCGGCGCAUGCCCCCCAGCGCUGGGGUGCCGAUGUGCUGCCAGGUGCUUCGUUCUCUGCUCUGAGCGAGGCGCCAGCCGCGCAGGGCGCGCCAGCCUCGGGCGGAGGCCACCAGGCCGCUUCCGCCAGUUCGUUUUCUCUGAUGGGGCUGCGGCGAACCUUCCUGCUGGUCUCAACGGCGUGGUCGGCGCCUCCCGAGAUAGACGGAGGAGGCGACGAGUGCGGAGAAGGCGGAGAAGAAAGCCAAGGCGAGGGAGAGAGAGAGGGAGGGAGAGAGGGGGAGGAAGGAGGUCAGGAGGAGGGGCAGCGUGACGGCGAGUUGCUGCGGGAUGACGAUGCCGCGAGUGUGGAGGAAAUGGGGAGCGGCCACGCCGCCAUCAGCAUCGACAGCGGAGAUGAAGAAGACGAGGUCGCGGUGGUUCGCGCUGUGGCUGGCGCUGUGGCCUCUGCGGGUGAGCGCGAGGCGCCCGAGCGCGCAGCGGACGCAGAGGAGGAGGAGAAGGAAGACGAGGGAACCGGAGGUUCGCAGAAUGGCGGAGGCGUACCGACGACCCGCGCGUCCCUCGUGCCGCGGGUCGCCUACUCUCCGCCUCAAGGCGACACCGACCAGUCGCGGGCUGCUGGAGUCGGGCACCGUGAAGCGGAGGAAGGUGCUUUCGAGGAGAUCGAAGAAGGCGACAACGAGGACUUGGAGAUCAUCGCGAUUGAAGAGGAAGACGACGAGGCCGUCGAGUUUAUUCGCGAAGACCAAAACGCCUCGCCGCCCGGCCCUUCUCGGUUUGACGGACUCAGCGGGGGCGGCCUCGGCAGCCUUCCUCUCUUGUUUCCGACGCAAGCGCCCGAGGUCUUUCCGUCGCCCUCCGCGUCGGUAACCCCCCCGCCGCUGGCCCCCCGGCCGGGCGGCUUCUUCGGCGGCUUCCAGCGCCCGCCGCCCUCGCCGCAGCCGGAAGACGACGUACACGUCCCGCGAUGUGCAAUCUGUCUCUUAAACUUAAAGCGCAGGCACACCGACGUGCUGAGACUCAUGGAGGAGAGGGAACAAGACGAAGAGGCCUUGCGGUGCGCGAAGGACGACGGGCCUGAAAGCGACGGCGGCGCGGCGUCGAGAGGCGCCGACGGCGAGGAGACUGCGGCUGCGACGCGUCCCCGCGCGCGCGAGCGAGAGGGCGAGGAAGACGGCGGAGCCUCAGAGGAGGCCCUUGCGGCGGCCUUCGCCCUCACGCAGCCGGCGGGGGCGGCGCCGAAAGUGGGUGAGCGCGGAGGAGACAGCGCCGGCGGAGGAGACAGCGCCGGCGGAGGAGACCGCGCCGGCGGAGGAGACAGCGCCGGCGGAGGAGGCGGGCCUGAGGGCGAGGCCGCCGGCCGGAGCCCGGGCGGGCGGGCCCGCGGCGGCCGGCGGAAGGCGAACGGGCGCGGGAAAGACAAGCUGUCGCAUCUUGAGCGCGCCGCGCAGAAACGCAAGUUUACCGAGAAAUUCCGCUCCCUCUACUCGCCCGAGGACCACGACCAGACGAUGGUUACGGUCUGCGGCCACGCUUUCUGCAAGGGGUGUCUGGAGCGCGCACUUUCCGUCAAAAAAGAGUGUCCCGUCUGCCGGCGGAAAAUCCACGGCUCGCGGCAGUACUUCCCCGUAUUCUUCUGA